AUGAAAUCAAGUUUUAAAUCAGAAUAUCCUUUUGAAAAGAGAAAGACUGAAUCCGAAAGGAUUACAGAGAAGUUUCAAAAUAGGAUUCCAGUUAUUUGUGAAAAAGCAGAAAAAUCUGAUAUUCCUGAAAUAGAUAAGCGUAAAUAUCUAGUUCCAUCUGAUUUGACUGUAGGUCAAUUUGUCUACGUUAUUAGAAAAAGAAUUAUGUUGCCUCCUGAAAAGGCUAUUUUCAUUUUUGUUAAUGAUACUUUACCACCAACUGCAGCUUUGAUGUCUGCCGUUUACCAAGAGCAUAAGGACAAGGAUGGAUUUUUGUAUGUCACUUACUCUGGUGAAAACACUUUUGGUUCUUUAUAA